AUGAAGUGGCUCUGCGUCAAGAAAGUUGGUGGAUCCCUUCAUCAUACGGUGAAAAUACUUAUUGCAUUUCUGUUGGCUUCCUGGAAGGCUGGAAGGAGAUAUAACAGAAUUGCUGGAGCCCAUGAAGUUUCUGUUAGUCUAGCCAAAAGAUGGUUUUGUGCAUCAAGUGGAGACAAAAGUUCCUGGAAACUUGUCGACUUAGUGUCU